AAACAUCUCUGUAUCCCCAACUACGCUCUUUACGCCUGUUCUAUACUUGCCUUUGUUGCUUCUCCUUCGGCACAAGUUCCGAAGGACAGUGUUUUGUGUGUCAUCAACUCUUCUAACACUGAUCGUUUCACCAUGAUGCAGCCCUGGCUUCUGCUCGCUAUUCUUCCUUUUACGCAAGCUGCACGCGUCAUUCAAUCCAAUGACGAUGGAUGGGCAGAGAUUAACAUUCGAACAUUCUACGAAGCGCUCACCGACGCUGGCCACGACGUAGUUCUCUCGGCUCCUGCAGAGAAUCAGUCAGGAAGAGGCUCUUCUGAUGCGGCACCCGGGGUGGUCGACUCUGAUGGAUGCGAAUUCAGCAGUUGCGCAGGAGGAAGUCCGCCGACAGGCUCAAACUCAUCAGACCCACGUCUCAACUACGUGAACUCGUUUCCGGUGACGAGCAUUAAGGCUGGAAUCGACACGACGGCGCCGAAGUUCUUCGAUGGUGCGAAGCCAGAAAUCGCUCUGACAGGUCCAAAUGUAGGCAGUAAUGUGGCCAUCCAGGUUCCUUUCUCUGGCACAGUAGGCGCAGCUGUUUAUGCCGCAAAGAACGCUGGCAUUCCAUCAAUCGCAUUCUCGGGAAGCACUGGAGAGCAAACCGCUUGGAAUAAACCCACGCCAUUGUAUAGCCAAAUUUACGCAGACUUGGCUCUCAACAUCACGUCCACCGUCCUCGCUUCUGGCAUGCCCUACCUACCCGCCUCAGCUUGGCUGAAUGUGAAUUUCCCUGCAGUCAGCUCAACAAAAUGCAACACUGUAAAUCAGUUCAAAUUCAUAUUAACCAGAAUCUACUCUGGUGUCUUCAGCCCCAAGGAUGUUACCUGGUGUGGAACUGAUCGACUUCCUACUGAGCUAAGCGUGGUAACGAGGGAGGGCUGCUAUGUUACGAUCAGUAUGGGGGAUGCAGAUGAUAAGACGGACAUCAACGAUGAGCGCCAGACACAGAUACUCACCAAGUUGAAGCCUAUCCUCUCAUGCUUGCCUUAG